CGGAAAAUGUUGUAAUUUGUCAAAAAUUCCCUUUCGUGUUGGAGGCGUGAGUGUUGAUAUGCUGUUUGAGGAAAAAUCUAUCUUGGAAAGUAAAUCUGUUGUUGCAGCCUGAAUUCACAUCAAUCGAUCAGAACACAUACCUCCGGAGAGCGCAUAACUGAAUGCUAUUUCGCGAUUGUCAGUUCUCUAGCAACAACCAGUUAAAUUGUUGAGCCACAAGAUCAACGUGUACGUGUCGCGGUUUAUUGCCUGUCGUAACCUCAUCUAAGGUUACCGUUCGUAAUUCCUCCGGCUGUCAUCUACCGAGUUCCGUUGCCUUGUCCUACAGCCAAUCCGCCUGAUUAGGUUGUACGAUAUUUCGCGAAUUGAGCAACAGUUUUCGUUAAAAGCAAAAACUAAGCAGAAGAAUUCUGCCACCACGUUACCGCUGUUGAAAAGCUGCGAGUGAUAACAUGGCCAACAAUCGUCAAAAAAUUGUCCAAGAAAAGAACGUUUCCGAGGGGGAGACAACGGAAAUGCUUUGCGUCGUAUGCUUCAAGCCGAUAGUAUACUUCGCUAUUGGCGAAUGUGACCAUCUGUGUUGUUACGAGUGCUCUACUCGUAUUCGAGUUUUAUGCCAGCAGAACGAUUGCCCUAUCUGUCGUAGAGAUCUAGCCAAGGUUAUAUUUUCAAAAACGCUCACGCCAUACCAGCAACUGGACGUGAAAAAUCGUUCCGGACUGUAUGAUAAAAAAUAUCGCAUCUGCUUCACCGAUGCGGAAGUUCAGCAAGCGUACUACGAUCUGCUGGAUUACAAGUGCCCUCGGUGCGAUCAAAAGAAUUUUCCCAAAUUCGAACUACUGCGGGAACACGUACGCAAGCAGCAUGAGCUUUUCUACUGUGACAUCUGUACGGAACAUCUGAAGGUAUUUUCCUCGGAACGGCGCUGUUAUAAUAGACAGGAGCUAGCACUGCAUCGUCGCAAAGGUGAUCCAGACAAGGUUGGUCAUCGCGGUCAUCCUCUGUGUGAAUAUUGUGAUACGCGAUUUUUGGAUAAAGAUGAACUGUUCCGCCAUCUGCGAAAAGAUCAUUUCUUUUGUCAUUACUGUGACGCUGAUGGCAGAAACUAUUUUUACGGAGAUUACGUAUCGCUGCGCGAUCACUUUAGAACGGAUCAUUUUCUGUGCGAGGAAGGUGAAUGUGAACAAGAACAGUUCACGUCGGUGUUUCGAACGGAGAUCGAUUUGCGGGCGCAUCGUGCAUCGAUCCAUGGUAAAUCCAUGAAUCGAUUAGCGAACAAGCAGACCCGAACGCUAGAACUUGAGUUUACAUACGCGCCACGACACGGUGCUGCUGUGGCUGGUGGCUCUGGUGCAUCGCAUUCUGGUGGUGCUGCUUCCGGUGGUGGACCUUCAUCAAAUCGAGGUCGUGGUGGACGGGCGGGAAGUGCUACUGGACGUCCGGUUCCGCCAGGAUCGUCUGGCGACAUGUUACAGCACGAGUUCGACAAUCUCGAACUGGCAAACGAUCAUGCGACCAAGCAACAUCCUAAAAAGGUGAUUGAUGCCACUAAUGAGCAAGAUUUCCCAACUCUCGGUGGUUCGGCGCCAAAUCCAGUAUUUCGCCCAAACAACGUCACUAUACGGCAACGUGUUUAUGGAGCCGCUGGACUUGCGCGGACGAAAGAAAACUUUCCCGCCCUCGGAUCGGGCGGUGGGGAAGGGACUGGUCCGACCAGUCUGAACGAAGGAUUUAGCAGUAAAAUCACUGCGAGUUCUCUCCUAAAGCCCAGUCAACCUACUGCUACGUCUGGAACGAGCAUGAUGAUACACGUAUCUAACCGACCCGCAGGGUCAAGCGGUGGAAAAACGAAUGGUGCAUCCGUUGCAUCCAUGGUCGGGAAGAAAAGUACCUCAGACUUUCCUGCUCUGCCCGGUUCCGGUAGUAAGGGAUCGAACAAAAAGACUGGAGGAGAUAUCUACGCAGACAUGGACGAACGAAGUGGUGGCGCAGCGAUGGUAAAUCUCAAUGCAAUCUCUGCGAAACAUCGUGCACUGGUGGACGAUUACAUGUCAGUAUCUAGCGUCGUGUCGAAAGUAACGACCAUAUCUUCCAAGGAUGCAAAGAAACAAUUAUCUGCUCCCGUCCAAAGUUCCGUGCCUAGCGUGAACUCAAUCAAAGCGUUUCCAACGCUGGGGGAUGGCAACAAACCGGCGUCGGUUAAACCAUUGCCGUGGGCUUCGGGAUCUGCAACGGCAUCGAACAGCGGUGGAGGUGGAUCCGCUGCCUCUGCCGGCAACACUUCAGGCAAGAAGAAACCCACGCCAGCCCCCAAUCUACGAGAGGAAAUAGCUUUCGUCAAUCUUAACGCUUUAACGGGUAAAAAGUCAGCGGAAAAGACGAAACAGAAAGCUGACUCGUCUCUCUCCAACGUUGCUGAUGCGCGCAACAAUAAUAGCGAACUGGCGCAGAGAGGAAUUGGCGCAACGAAGGAUCCACGCAACAAGGAACCACAGCAAAAACAGCAACAGCACUCCAAAUCGAAUGGACAAAGCUCAUCGGCAAAUCAAACAUCUCAUGCAAAUAAUAAUAACAAUCCUUCUUCCACGCUGAACAAUUCGUUCCCGGUGUUGGGCAAUGCGAACAGUGUACAGUUCGCACUAGCGGCGGGACCAAAACGUACACCGCCCGGAUUCGAAAAUGUGCACGUCAAACGCAUGCCGGGACCUCCACCAGGAUUCGGAAACGUUACGUUAAAUUCUGUCGCACGGAAUGCGAACAAUAUGACGUUCACGAAUUCGACGGGUGAAUCGUACAAUAUCUUGCCUACGCAUAGCUACGUUUCACCAUCGAAUGCCAGUAAACGGAAUCAGGUGCUUGUGACUCACUUUCAGAAAGCGUUGAAAAACCAAGAAGCGUUGAUGGAAUUUCGGACCAUAUCACAGAUGUUCCGUGAUGGACAGUAUGAAGCAUCCGCUUAUUAUGAUCACUGCAAGAUAGCGCUCGGUGAUCGUUUCAAUGAAAUUUUUCCCGAACUAAUCGCGCUACUGCCAACUAUCGCCAAACAACAAGAACUUUACUUGGUGUUUUGUCAAGACGAGAAAAAUAAACCGAAAUCGACUGCAAAAGGAAAAGCUUCUAACGCAUCGAAGCUGGAAGUGUGUCACGUUUGCAAACAAGUACUCAUUCAACAGGAUUUAACGGAACACUAUCAAACGCACUACAUGGAGAAUAAUUUUCCGAAGCUCGGGACAAACACAGCAGACGAAGGGAAAGUGGAUUCAUCGGCGUGGAAGAAAUAGUUUAGUACAGGCAGCAGCAACAUCAGCAUUAGCCAUCAGUAGCUGAUCGCAAAGAUGACGAACUAGGGCCAUGUUUUCUCUCGGUAUACGAAAGAUAUUCGUUAGUGGAUCAUGGAUGUACGAUCCUGUACAGUUUACAGCGAAUGAUUUUAGUACAAUGGUUAAGUAAUUUGUGAACCUACGAAUUUGUGAUGCAUCUCGUUAAUUUUAUUUAAUUCAUUGUAACUAAACAUUGAACGAUUUGUGUGGUACAAUAUGAACGCGAUGCAGGUAAAACCCAGACGUGUGUUAGGAAGAGCUAUAAACAUUAUCGACACCAUUUUCCAAAAAGCUAGUUGAUUUCGUACGCUUAGCGUUGUACCUACUAUUUGUUUGGGCGUAAAAAAGUUAUGCUCAAUUUAAAAGCCUUCCAACACGCAACAAGUGGAGCCUAUGGAAGUUGUAUAAAGUGUAGAUGAAUAACAAUGUACAUAAAAUAAAACGGACAACUAAAAUACAAAGCAAAGGCUUCUUCUUUAAACUACGGUUCUAACUCGUGCACUGGUCCUUUUAUGGCCUAAAGUUUUCCUAUGAUCGGCAAAAGUCUAGUGCGUGUCCAGUAGCGUUCGAAACGUGGCAAUGGCCAACAAGAAACAUUACCUCUACUAGGCAAGAUGAAGCAAAGCUAGUGUGCAAAUAUCAUUUUCCGUAAAUCCAAUACUUACCAGUACAUCAUUGUUUCAGUGUUCGAAAAUCCAGUUCAAUUCAUGUAAUACAACAGUUUAUAUUUAUUUUUCAAAUAAAGAGAGCUAGUUGCGAAUAGAAAGUCA